AUGGCACACUCUGAUUCCAAGGGGGCACCAGAUAUAGCAGUCGAUGGCGAUGGCAUAGAGUCAAGCGAAACUCCGAACAGCGUUCACAAUGACUCGGCAACUGACCGAGCUGCCUUUCUCGCCACUUUCAGCGCGGAAGAGGAUAAAGCAAUUAUGCGGAAGGUUGAUUGGAGAUUUUUAUGGCUGAUAGGUGUGAUUUACCUGAUCAAGAACGUUGAUUACACCAAUGCAGCCUCAGUCAAAGUGCUUCAAGUAGGCCAGCCUACAAAUGUUCUCAUACAGCUCGGCAUGACAGAUGACCAGUACAAUUGGGUUCAGUCAAUUUACUUUAUCAGUUACAUCGUUUUCGAGGUUCCGAGCAACCUUGUCCUCAAGAAAAUGCAACCCCGAAACUGGCAAUUCCGAAUCAUGCUCACAUGGGGCGCAGUACUGGCCUGCCAUGCGGCUGUGAAGAACAAGGAAGGUUUGUACGCGGCCCGGUUCGUCCUUGGGAUGAUGGAGGCGGGAAUGUUCCCUGGGAUUGCUGCACAACUAUGCUCGUGGUACCGCUCGGAUGAAAUGGGCAAACCAAUCAUGUGGAUGUUCGCCUUUUCCAACUGCUCAGGUAUCGUGGGCUCGCUGCUCGCUUACGGCAUCUCAUACAUGGACGGACUCCAAGGUCUGAGUGCGUGGCAAUGGGUCUACCUUCUCGAAGGCAUCAUCACCAUCCUAUUCUCAGGAGUGGUAUAUUUCGUCUUACCUGAUUAUCCCAAGUCGCCCCGUUCGAGUUCCUGGCUCACGCCCAGAGAGCAGGAAUAUCUCGAAGCCAGACUUUCAGAAAACGCGCCCAGGACUAGUGAUGCAACGUUCAGUGCCUCAGAAGUCAUCGCCUCGCUACGUGACCCGCGAAUCUGGUCGUUCAUGCUUUCCCAAAUCCUCAUCAACCUCGGCGGCUACGGUCUGAGCUGGCAACUCCCCACGGUCACCACGAGUCUUGGCUUCGCAGGCCUUCCGCGAAAUCAGCUGCUCAAUAUCCCACCGGCCGGUUGCUCUGUACUCGCCAUCAUCUUCGCCGGCUGGUUUAUGAAGCGCGCUUACGUUACCCGGCCCGCGUUUAUCAUGGUUAUCUGUGCCGGGUGCCUGGCCUUCUUCAUCGUCCUUGCCUCGACGCGGGAUAAGUACGCAGUAUACGUGGCGUGCGUCUUCGGGACAAUGUUCUACGCCGUCUUUUUCAUCCCGUUCUGGGCAUGGCGCUCGGCCACGCUGGUGGGCUCAACCGGAACGGCGUUCACGCUCGCCUUCCAGUCCAGUGUCGGCCAGGUUGGUGGUGUCAUCGGCCCCCAGAUGUUCCAGUCCAAGUACGCCUAUAACGGUUACAAGGUCCCCUUUGCAAUAUGUUCAGCGGCGAUUGGAGGCGGGUGGUUGGCGAGUGCGCUUACCUGGUGGCUGACGAGGAAUGUGGAGUGGGAUGUGAGGCGCAUUCGAAGGCUGAGGAUCAAGGCUGAGAGGGAGGGUAAAGUCUUCGCUGAUGAUGACGUGCAGGUUAUCAAUGAGAGGCACUUUUAUGGGAAGGGGCUGAAGAGAGACGAGGAAGCCGCUCUAUAG